ACCGGUGUUUGUGCCACUUUAGUUUUAUUAGACCCCGCUGCCCUUUUCUCUUAUCCACCGUCACCAUGUCGGAGGUUGAGACCUUUGCCUUCCAGGCUGAGAUUGCUCAGCUGAUGAGCCUGAUCAUCAACACCUUCUAUUCCAACAAGGAGAUUUUCCUCCGCGAAAUCAUCUCCAACGCCAGCGAUGCCCUUGACAAGAUCCGCUACCAAUCGCUCACCGACCCCUCGGUCCUCGAGGCUGAGAAGGAGCUCAAGAUUGACCUCAUCCCCAACAAGGAGGCCAAGACCCUGACCAUCUCGGAUACCGGUAUUGGUAUGACCAAGGCUGACCUCGUCAACAACCUCGGUACCAUCGCCAAGUCGGGCACCAAGUCUUUCAUGGAGGCCCUUCAAGCUGGUGCGGACAUUUCCAUGAUUGGUCAGUUCGGUGUCGGUUUCUACUCGGCCUACCUGGUCGCCGACACCGUCGAGGUGCGCAGCAAGCACAACGACGAUGAGGGCUACAUCUGGCGCUCAAGCGCCGGUGGCUCUUUCACCAUCCAGGUCGACGAGGAGGGCUCUGUCAAGCGCGGUACUCAGAUCAUUCUGCACAUGAAGGAGGAUCAGCUCGAGUACCUCGAGGAGAAGCGCAUCAAGGAGAUUGUCAAGAAGCACUCGCAGUUCAUUGGCUACCCCAUCAAGCUUCACGUCGAGAAGGAGCGCGAGGUUGAGGUCGAGGAUGAUGAGGCCGAGACCGAGGAGAAGAAGGACGAGGCUGCCGAGGGUGAGGACAAGCCCAAGAUUGAGGAGGUUGAGGAUGAUGAGGAGUCCAAGGACAAGGCCAAGAAGAAGGUCAAGGAGACUUACAUGGACGAGGAGGAGCUCAACAAGACCAAGCCCAUCUGGACCCGCAACCCCGAUGACAUCAGCACUGACGAGUACGCGUCGUUCUACAAGAGCCUCACCAACGACUGGGAGGAUCACCUUGCCGUCAAGCACUUCUCCGUUGAGGGUCAGCUCGAGUUCCGUGCUCUCCUCUUUAUCCCCAAGCGUGCCCCCAUGGACAUGUUCGAGAGCAAGAAGACCAAGAACAACAUCAAGCUCUACGUGCGCCGUGUCUUCAUCAUGGACAACUGCGAGGACCUCAUCCCCGAGUGGCUCAACUUUAUCCGCGGUGUCGUUGACUCUGAGGAUCUGCCCCUCAACAUCUCUCGUGAGAUGUUGCAGCAGAGCAAGAUCCUCAAGGUUAUUCGCAAGAACAUUGUGAAGAAGUGCCUCGACCUCUUCUCUGAGCUCUCCGAUGACGAGGAGAACUACAAGAAGUUCUACGAGCACUUUGCCAAGAACCUCAAGCUUGGCGUGCACGAGGACAGCACCAACCGCAAGAAGCUCUCCGAUCUCCUCCGCUUCUACACCUCCAAGUCGGACGAGGACAUGAUCUCCUUCAAGGACUACGUUGGCCGCAUGAAGGAGAACCAGAAGGACAUUUACUUCAUCACUGGCGAGAGCAAGGAGGCCGUUGCCAACUCGACCUUUGUUGAGCGCGUCAAGGCCCGCGGCUUUGAGGUCCUGUACCUCAUCGACCCCAUUGAUGAGUACAUGAUCAACCAGCUCAAGGAGUACGAUGGCAAGAAGCUUGUCUCCGUCACCAAGGAGGGCCUUGAGCUUCCCGAGGACGAGGAGGAGAAGAAGAAGUUUGAGGAGGACAAGGCCAAGUAUGAGCAGCUGUGCAAGGUCAUGAAGGACAUCCUUGACAAGAAGGUUGAGAAGGUUACCGUCUCCAACCGCCUCGUCUCCUCUCCCGGUUGCAUCGUCACUGGACAGUACGGCUGGUCCGCCAACAUGGAGCGCAUCAUGAAGGCCCAGGCCCUGCGCGAUGCCACGUCCAUGGGCUACAUGGCUGCCAAGAAGCACUUUGAGAUCAACCCGGAUCAUGCCAUCAUCAAGUCGCUGCGCGAGAAGGUUGAGGCUGACGAGAACGACAAGGCCGUCAAGGACCUUGUCAUGCUUCUUUUCGAGACUGCCCUCCUGACCUCUGGCUUCUCCCUCCAGGACCCUACCACCCACGCUUCUCGCAUCCACCGCAUGAUCAAGCUCGGCCUUGGCAUUGAUGAGGACGACGAGGCUACCGGCGCUGCCGCUGAGGACAUGCCCGACCUCGAGGAGGCCGAGGAUGACAACGGUGCCACCGAGAUGGAGGAGGUUGACUAAACAACCUGUUUCUUCCUUGUGUGAUUAACUUUGACCUCUUGUGGUUGGUUGGUUGCCGCUUUCCUCUUCGGAAGCGUGAAUAAUAAAGUGAAAAACACAGCUUAAACAGCAUCAAAAACUCUCAAUCGAAUACAAACUCUCUUCCUUCCUUUUGUAUUGCGGUGCUUCU